AUGACUUUUAGUUCCUGCUAUAAAGGCAGUUCCUUGGCACUCACUUCAUCACUUGUCAGUUUGACAGCGACUGUCUGUUACACUCUGUGGUUGAUAAGCUCAACAAUGCAAAUCUUCGUAAAAACCCUGACGGGUAAGACCAUCACCCUCGAGGUGGAGACUUCAGACACUAUUGAGAAUGUGAAGGCAAAGAUUCAGGACAAAGAUAGCAUCCCGCCAGACCAGCAACGUCUUAUCUUCGCCGGUAAACAGUUGGAAGAUGGCCGCACACUCACAAACUACCACAUUCAGAAGGAAUCCACAUUCCACUUGGUGGUCAGGCAGACAGGAGGAGGUAUAACUUAAAAGUAUACCAUGCAAAUCUUCGUAAAAACCCUGACGGGUAAGACCAUCACCCUCGAGGUGGAGGCUUCAGAGACUAUUGAGAAUGUGAAGGCAAAGAUUCAGGACAAAGAGAGCAUCCCGCCAGACCAGCAACGUCUUAUCUUCGCCGGUAAACAGUUGGAAGAUGGCCGCACACUCUCAAACUACAACAUUCAGAAGGAAUCCACAUUCCACUUGGUGCUCAGGCAGACAGGAGGAAGAGGUUGGAUUUAUGGAUCUGAUGGUAAACUAGCCCAGAAGCAUUUAUUAAAGAAAAUGAUUUGUCGAAAGUGUUAUGGUCGUCUUCCCAUGGGUGCAACCCAUUGUCGUAAAGCUAAGUGUGGCUACUCCACUGACCUACGUCCCAAAAAGAUGGCACCGUACAUGUGGUGAAAUUUAUUAAUUUUAGAGCGUGAGCAACUCAAGUAAAAUAAUGUUAAAUAAAUUAGGCAUGUAUUUUUUUAUGUAUAUUACAGAAAUACCCGGGACCCAAA